CUAUCCUUAUAAAAAAGAUGAAAUGAAGCUUUCUUAUAGCUAUACAUACUAGAGUAUGUAAGCAAGUGGGUGUAUGCUACAAAUACUGUCCAGGCUUGGGAUCCGCAUAUGCGACUGAAGCGGCCGCUAGCGGCUGAAUGAUAAGUGCGAUGCCACGACGAACGGUAAAUCCGAUAGAGGCAACUAACUCCAUAAACACCAUGUCGUCACUGUUUGACGGUGAUAUCAUAGAAAAGCGGUUCGCAUUUGGGGAUAUCACCCACCUUCUACUUAUCGGCCAAUUAGCAGCAGCGUGAUGUGUAAUUAUUGGAUUACAAAAUCAAGUUCACAUGCCGUUGGGGAUAUGAGGUUGGACCUACUUAAGGUAUAGGUUUCCUCUCGAUAUAUGUUUAUAUUUUUUUCCUUAACACACAUUCAUACAUUCUCACAUAUCCUCAUUAUCUCAAAGCAACCUACCAAGUAGCUUGUACCUCGAUACCAACAAUGUCUUCUUCCCUCCCCAAGUCCUACAAGGCCGUCGUCGUCGACAAAGCCGACGGUCCCUACACCCUCAAAACCGUCGACCUCAAACAACCCUCCGCCAACGAAGUCCUCAUCAAAUCCCUCGCCUGCGGCGUCUGCUUCACCGACGUCGGCAUGGCCAGCGGCCACUUCGGGGACUGCUUCCCAUGCACCCCCGGCCACGAAGUCAUCGGUGACAUCGUCUCCGUCGGCUCCAACGUCACACACCUCAAGAACGGCGACCGCGUCGGCGGCCCCUGGCACGGCGGACACGAUGGCACAUGUCGCCAGUGUCAGCGCUCGCAGUUCCAGCUCUGCGAUAACCAGGAGGCUAAUGGUCUCAGUCGCCCUGGGGGGUUUGCGGAGUACGUGCUCCUGCGCGCGGAGGCGGUAGUGAGGGUUCCGAAGGAGCUUGAUCCGGCGGAGGUGGCGCCGUUGUUGUGUGCGGGUGUGACGGUGUUCAAUGGCAUUCGCAAGUUGCAUGUUGAGCAGGGCGCGAUUGUUGCUGUUCAGGGUCUGGGUGGGUUGGGGCACUUGGCGGUGCAGUAUGCGAAGAAGAUGGGUUAUGAGGUCGUUGCGCUGUCUACGAGCGAUGAUAAGGAGGAGUUUGCGAAGAAGCUAGGGGCGGAUCAUUUUAUCAAUACGAAGACGAAGGAUGUUGGGGCGGAGCUGAUGAAGCUUGGUGGUGCUUCUAUCAUUGUGCAGACUGCGCCGAACCCGAAGGCAGUUUCGAAUCUGAUCAGUGGUUUGGCGCCGUUGGGAACGCUGCUUAGUUUGGCUCCGGCUGGGCUGGUUGAGUUAGAUACGGUGACGCUGCUUACGAAGGCGGCGAGUGUUACGGGGUGGGCGAGCGGGCAUGCUUUAGAUAGUGAGGAGGCGAUCAAGUUUGCGUCGGUUCAUGGGGUUAAGUGCAUGAUUGAGAAGUAUCCUUUUGAUAAGGUACAGGAAGCUGUUGAUAGCUUGAAGGCGGGCAAGCCGAGAUUUAGGAAUGUACUGGUAUUUUAAGAGGGGGUGAUGCAGAAUAGUAUUAGUAAUGUAAGAAAAUAUGAUGUAGGAACAGGAAG